GGAAAUCGGGGAAUGGAGGAUUAAGAAGGACUCGAGCUCGGCACGAGCGCGGCCCGCGCGAGGGAUCCUGGGUAAAAAGUGGCCGCGCGGCACCGGGAGAGCGCGGAGAGGAGCCGGGGUCAGAGGUCAGGGCCCUGGAGCCCCGCGUGCAGAGCCCCCCACGUGAACGCUGCGAGCAGGAGGAACCUUUUUGUUUUCUACCGCGCCAGCAUGCUCCCCUAUUGACCGAGCUGCUUUUCCCGGGCCGCUGGAGAGAGUAGCUCCGUCCCGGAUCUCCUAACCCCACCCCCCCCCCCUUCCACCACCAACACACUACCCAACUCGACCCUUCCUCUCAACUCACUUCCCAGCCCCCCGUACCGGGCUUGCAAUAACGCAGUAAAUUUGCUUUAACAACAAGUGGGGGUGGUUGCAUUUACUCCUCCCUCUCCUCUCUCCUCCCCCUCCUCUUGCUGCGGCUCUUGACGCUACUACAAACCAGGACUAUAAACAUAAACAUGUGUCACUGUAACUGGGCAGGCUCAGAAAUAUCCGUUUAUUCUUUUAACCACACGGAUGUGUCUAUUUUUGGAGGAACAAGGAAACAUAUAAAUGCCUGGGUUGCAUUUAUGCUGUAGUUGCAAACACCGAACAGUUAAGAUUUUGCCGAAUUUUGCAAAGGAGCCAACAAACCACCUUGGGAUCCUGAUAAUGCAACUGGGAAGACCCUUGCUCUCAUUUGGCAAUAUUUUGGAUAUCCUUGAAAAGACACCAAAAUGUGCCUUAACUCGACUAAGAAGAGGUUAAACAGCAUUGAUAUUCAUCCAAAGUGAUUAUUUUUUUAAGCAGAUGCUUGGCUUUCAUGGAAAAAAUGAGAGUUGUGGAAGAUUCAUUUAAACUCGCAACCGAAAGCAUCACAGACCACUGGAAUAGUCUGCAUCGUACAUCAGCACUUUCUUUUCAUCGUUAUUACGUAAAACCUCUGGAAGCACCUUGGGCGUUUUACAUUUUCUAUUCUUCGCUGCAGAAGCAGUCUGCUCCCUGGAAUUCUGACCUGUGGUGAACAGGACCCUGGCAAAGGCUGUGCUGGGGACUCUAGGACGAUCUGGCCUCUAAUCCAGCCUGGUUAAUUGUGAAAAGUGUACACAUUUCUGGCUUAUCUAUGCUUUGUUAUGGGUCUGACGUGCAGCUACCUCGUCCCCACCCCACCCCCCAGCAGAGAACCCAAAUCCAGUUGAAUUGUUACAGUGUUUCGGAGCUGGAGCCUUGAACUGCUUCCUUGGUCAAAUAACUUUGUUUCUGGUUGUAAAAGGCAUUUCAGGAAAAAAAAAAAAAAAAAAAGGAAAAUCGAGAGAAAUUCAAAACCAGGAUGCCUUGAGACACACGCAGCAUCUGGUGGAGGAUUAACAUACAUACAUGUGUAUGUAUGCGUCACGUAUAUAUUUACUGCAAAUGGUGGGGAUCAUUUAGUGCCCGAGAUGGGAGACCUGAAGUCAGGUUUUGAAGAGGUGGAUGGCGUGAGGCUCGGCUACCUCAUCAUUAAAGGAAAGCAAAUGUUUGCCCUCUCCCAAGUCUUCACGGAUCUGCUGAAGAACAUCCCGAGGACGACCGUGCACAAGCGCAUGGAUCAUUUGAAAGUGAAAAAGCACCACUGCGAUCUGGAGGAGUUGCGGAAACUCAAGGCAAUCAACAGCAUCGCAUUCCACGCCGCCAAAUGCACUCUCAUCUCCCGGGAAGACGUGGAAGCACUCUACACCUCCUGCAAAACCGAGCGUGUCCUCAAGACCAAGCGCAGGAGGGUCGGCCGGGCCCUGGCCACAAAGGCGCCGCCGCCAGAGCGCGCCGCCGCCGCCGCCAGCCCCCGCCCGGGUUUUUGGAAGGACAAGCACCAACUUUGGCGGGGCCUGAGCGGAUCCGCGCGGCCCCUGCCAAUCAGCGCGCAGUCCCCGCGCCCGGGCGCCGCCGCCGCGCGCCCCGCCGCCCAUCUACCUCAGAUUUUUAGCAAAUACCCGGGCUCGCACUACCCGGAAAUCGUGCGCUCGCCUUGCAAACCCCCUCUAAACUAUGAAACUGCCCCGCUCCAGGGAAACUACGUUGCUUUUCACUCGGACCCUGCUUAUUUUCGGAGCCUGCUGUGCAGCAAGCACCCGGCCGCCGCCGCCGCCGCCGCCGCCGCUGCCGCCGCCGCCGCCGCCGCCGCCGCCGCCUACUACCAGGCUUCGGCGGCCGGGCCCCAGCCCAAGGCGGCGGCGGCGGCGGCGGCGGGAGCGGGAGGCCCGGUGAGCCUGACCUACCGGUGCAAGCGCAAGCGCGGGGGCGCCAAGGACUGCCUGCUCGCGCCCCACGCCGGCGCCCGCCGCCUGCUGCUGCUGCCCAGGUCCUACAAAGCCAAGGCGGCGGCGGCGGCGGCGGCAGCGGCGGCGGCGGCGGCCGCCGGGGCCACUUGCCUGGAGAGGUUUCAUCUGGUUAACAGCUUCUGCCCGCCUCCCCACCACCACCACCACCACCAUCACCACCACCACCACCACCACCACCGGGCCCAACAGCCGCAGCAGAAUCACCACCCCCCUCAUCACCACCGGCCGCAGCCCCAUCUCGGCAGCUUUCCCGAGAGUUGUAGCAGCGACUCGGAGUCCAGCUCCUACUCGGACCAUGCAGCCAACGACUCCGAUUUUGGCUCCAGUUUGUCCAGUUCCAGCAACUCCGUGUCCUCGGAGGAAGAGGAGGAGGAGGGCGAGGAGGAGGAGGAGGAGGAAGAGGAGGAGGAGGAGGAGGAGGGGGGCAGUGGGGCCUCGGAUUCCAGCGAAGUCAGCUCGGAGGAGGAGGACUCGUCCACGGAGUCGGACUCCAGCUCCGGCUCCAGCCAAGUGUCGGUGCAGAGCAUCCGUUUCAGACGCACCAGCUUCGGCAAGCCUCCCAGCGUGCAGGCGCAGGCCAACUUCUUGUACCAUCUGGCCUCCGCCGCCGCUGCAACCAAACCCGCUGCUUUCGAGGAUGCCGGCAGACUUCCCGACCUCAAGAGUAGUGUCAAAGCCGAGUCGCCGGAGGAGUGGAAUCUGCAGAGCUGGGCCCCCAAAGCGUCUCCGGUGUACUGCCCGGCCAGCCUGGGGAGUUGUUUCACAGAGAUAAGGAACGAUAGGGUAUCUGAGAUUACAUUCCCACACUCUGAAAUUUCCAGUACUGUAAAGAGAACUGACCUGACAAUUAACUGCUUGGCGGAGGGGGCCUCUUCACCUAGCCCAAAGACAAACAAUGCAUUUCCACAACAAAGAAUACUCCGAGAGGCUAGGAAAUGCCUACAAGCAACUCCUACUACGCACUGUGCUGAUAACAACACAAUAGCUGCUAGGUUCUUCGAUAAUGAUUCUUCAGGAGCAGCCGCAAAUUCAGAAAAAGACUCCAAAAUCCCUCAUGGUGCUGAAUUUGCUACGGAUUUGUCCUCUUCCCAAACCGCUUCUGAGGUGGAUGGAGCAGCACCAGCAGCAGCCACGAAAGCUGAGAAUCCGUGCACUAACGCGGGCGACAAGACCUUGCCAUUUCUGCACAAUAUUAAAAUCAAAGUAGAAGACAGUAGUGCUAAUGAAGAAUAUGAACCUGACCUUAUUACAAAUAAGCUUAAGUGCGAGUGCAAUGAUACAGAGGGUGAGUUUUACAGUGUGACUGAAAGUAAAGAGGAGGACGCCUUGUUAACCACAGCCAAGGAAGAAGGUUUUGCAUGCCCUGAAAAAGAAACGCUUUCCUUAAACCCACCGGCUCAGAGUCAGGGCCUCUCAUGCACUUUAGGUUCUCCAAAACCCGAGGAUGGGGAAUAUAAAUUUGGUGCCAGGGUGAGAAAAAAUUACCGGACACUAGUACUGGGAAAACGACCCGUACUUCAGACACCUCCAGUCAAACCAAAUUUGAAAUCAGCUAGAAGCCCUCGUCCUACAGGUAAAACCGAAACACAUGAAGGAACACUGGAUGAUUUUACAGUUAUAAACAGACGCAAAAAGGUAGCCAGCAAUGUAGCAUCAGCAGUGAAAAGGCCAUUUAAUUUCAUGGCAAAUUUUCCUUGUCCACCAUCACUCAUUAUUGGGAAGGAUGGGGAUUUGUGGCCGGCGUAUUCCUUAAACACCACUAAGGAUUCCCAACCUCCUCACAAAGCCCAUCCUAUAUGGAAAUGGCAGCUGGGCGGUUCUGCAAUACCUCUUCCACCGAGUCACAAAUUCAGGAAAUUUAAUUCAUAAAAGUGUUUUGGAAGAUAUUUUCUUGAACCAUAUUACCUUCCUUUUGUUGUAUAACUGCACAGGAUGGUUUGUACAAGUCCAUUAAUGUGUUACACCCCUUUUGGAGCCCUGGUUUAUCGCAUUUUGAAGACAGAAAUCGGAUUACUUUUUUUCCAUUGCGGGUUUUUUUUUUUUUUUUUUUUUUUUUUUCCUGGAGGAGGGUGGGGGCGGGGUGGGAGAAGGGUUGGUUUACAUUCCACAGACUACUUCAGGCUAAAGACUCAAGUAAAACUCAGUUAUUAAGGUAGAGCUGGAACACUUUACUGUUUCAAUGCUAAUAAUGCACCCGGUACCUCAAUUCAACUGCUACAAAUAAAUGUCAAAAGGUUGAAUAAUAAAUAUUACAAUGAGCCAUUAAGUUUAUGCACUAGAUUUCAGACCUGAAAGUGUAACUGUUAAUUCAGUGAAAGUUUGUUAGGUUACGUGGUUACACAGUGAGGUAGAAAGAAGUUUCUGUGAGCCCAAAAUGUUCUUUUCUGGAGCUCUUUUUUGUGGGGUAUCUUUUUCUUUUGCUCCCCUCAUUCCUUCUCCAAGAGUAGUUGCACUUAAUUUUCUUCCUUCCUUCCUUUCUUCUUUCUUUCUUUCUUUCUUUCUUUCUUUCUUUCCUUCUCUCUCUUUCUUUUUUUGAGUGGAAAGAUUGGGGAGUCCUGCUUGAAUGCUGGUAAAAGCUGCCUCAUAUAUACUGAGUAAAAGGAAUAUGAGAUUGCUUUUUUUUUUUUUCUUGUAAAGGAUGGGAUUUUACUCCUUGCAAUUGGAAAAAGUCCUUUUUGUGUUCUCACCCAAAGGUUAUAAAUAAGGUGACUCUUAUUCACUAUUGUCCUGCUUACCUUGUGGUCUGACUCCUCAAGUUUGACUCCUCAAACUUGCAAAACAAUUAAAUAGUUCCCUUAAUAGCAGGAUAUUUUAUGGUCUGACUCUUCAUAAUGACAGAGCAGUAAAUACAACCGAGAAAAGUACAAUGGGUCAGAGUUCUAAGCAUAUCCCCAAUGAAAAAUAACAGUUAUUUUAGGGCUCUUUGGUAUCAGAACUCAGGCACUUGGGUUUUAUUACCUUUUACUUUUUCCGCAUCUCUCGAAACUUCUGUUUUCAGACCAUCCUGUGAUAAAGCAGGAGAGUUUCUACUGCAAGUGACAAUCAGAGGUGACUAUCUAUAUUUGCACUUAAAAUCAAAGUAGUUCAACAUGCAAAUGGCUAGGGUCUAGCCCUUGGUAAGGGCCAUGCUGGUGUGCUAUCUUGUGAUGAUGGAAGCAGCAAAUCAAAAUUAUGGAAAUUUGCACUGUUGAAAAGCAUGCUUUAGCUUUAUUUUCAAUUAAAAACACUGUUUAAAAUUCCUGGUUCCAUACAUUUCUACUUAUUCCAGAUUGAAGAACGGUUAACAGGAAAGAAUGGUUUUGUUGGCAUUUUCAUUUGUCAUGUUUUUGCCUGAAAGAAAUGCAUUUGUUGGGUGUAGUGUUUUGUUGUAACACCAUGUGAUGAGGCCAGGCAGGUUCUGUGCAAAACACUGGAUUUCUUUCUAAAUAACAACAGAACUUUGCAAACUUGUUCCAAAUCAAGCGCAAAAAGUUUCAGGUUUAAGACAGUGAAGCAGAGAUCAAUUGCUAUUUUAAUGAAUGUUAAAUCUGGCAAUUUUUGGUCCACCCCCCUUAGUCUGACAAAUUAAUUAUGGAUCUCAGAUUUUUGCCAUCAUAUUCCUAAGAAGUUGCAUCUAUAGGUCAUAAAUCGUAAAACAAAACAAAACAUCAAUGAGAUGUUUACUGUGUGAAUUUAAGUCACUAUUUCUCAUGGAAAUGGACUCUUUUUUUUAUUCCUUGCCCUUCACCUUCUAAUUCCUACUCCCUUUGAAAUUUUUCUUUUGUCUAUAAAUGUUUCAGUUAGAUCUGGAUGGUCUCAGCUCUAAUUGCUGUAUAUGAUCUGUGGUUUUACUCUUACUGUAAAGGACAGAGGCUGAGAAUACCUGCAUCCAAAUACAUUUGGAUGGAGUAAACACAUGCUUUGAACUGCCUCCCUUCCUUUCCUUCUUGAAUGGUGCCAGAGGUAGGUUCACUGGAUCCUUUUUUUAUUGGGAUGAUAGAUAUGGUCAAAGCAAAAUUUGGGGGAUGUCCUCCUUGAAUUCAUGUUUGUGUAUCAUUCCAAAGACCAGUACAAGUUACAGUUAAAGCCCCUAGAAAGCUGAACGAUCAGCUUCACAGCCUGAGUUCUUGCCUCUUUGGAAGGCCAUACAGAAUUUGGGUGCAGUGAUUUGUCCUGCAAAAUCAGUCUGUAAAAAGUGUGAUAUACACACACUGGAAGUCUGUAAUUUCUAUUCUUUAAUUACUGCUAAGUCAAGAGAGUUCAAAGUGUGAUGACUUCUAAGACUAGUACUUUUCUUGUUGGCUAUGGAAUCAUUGUUCCCAUAUUAUAAAUUGAGAAUAUAUUUGAAGUCUACAGAUCUUGGGGUGUGAGAGGACCGCUAGGUAGAAUAAGCACAAUUUAAAACAAAUAUACCCAAUGGAAUUUCUGACAUAAAAUAUCGGCUUCCAGCUUUGACACUUGGUCUCCAGCCCUCAGAGAAUCAAUAGUUUCAGUUUAUAGGAGCUGGAGAAUGAGCAGCAUGGAGGCCGAGGCAUUCCAGAGUGAUACCAUCAAAAGGAAAGAAAUUAAAUAGUCAACACAGAUUUCACCCCACAGUACUACAACAAGCCAGCCAACCACAGCAGAAUCUGAGUUGGGGCUUCUGUUAGGAGAGUGUACCAAAUAGUAUUCAGUAACUUGCAAAUACAAGGUAUUCUUUAGUCCCUUAGCUGUUUUCCCAUUCUGCUGUGGGAAUUAUUCUCGGUACAGUUUAUUUCAUUUUGGUUGUUUUAUGAUUAAUGUUUUCUAAGAUGCUAUAAGUGUCCCAGUUGUUCAAAAAGUGAAGCCUUAUUGAGAGAAAAACAAAGUUACCUCCAUUGAUAGAUUGCAUUUUUACCUUUCGAUGUUUUCAGGUGAUAGCAUUUUUUUAAAGGCACUCUGUGGUCCCAGGGUCACUUAGUCCUAUGUCUAAAGCUCACCACCUACAAACAUAAAGAAAAUGAAGGAAUCUAUGACUCUUUGGGGAAACAAGCUUAUUUUGGGUCUCCUGUAAAAAUAGUUUCCUGAUAAGAUUCUGAAAUGAAGACUUAAUUAUUUUUUUAAGAGAUGUGUGCACUUGGUCUUACAGUCAGGUUCUCUGCCUUCGGAGAAAAUGGAGCUUGCUCUUUUUCAACUAUUUACUCUUUAAAGUGGGUGUUCUUUUUACUGGCUUACUUGAUUACAGUGCAGUAAUCUCAAUAAUGGUUGUUUAUUUUUAAAUCAACAACAAGGAGCCACCACUAAACGGCAAUAACACAAACUAGAUGGGCUCGGUGUGUGGAUUUUUAUCUUACCCGUGUCUGGGUGACUUUCAAUGGUCUAAAAAAUUUUCAAAGUUCUGGUCACAAGAAUUGAAGUGUCUGCUUGAUAGGAAAAUGAUAGUUUUGUUUGAAGGCAGGAAAAGAUAGAGACUCAUGCCUCAAAAGCAUUUUUUUUUUCUUUCAAAGAAAGCAAAAACAAAAGUCCUACAUGUUAAAAAAACAAAAACAGAACCCUCACAUUAAAAAAUAAUAAUAAUAAUAAAGCUCUAGUAUCUACAAAAGCUAGAAAAUGUGAGUUUUGCUUCACCUUGAAAAUAACUUCCUGCU